AUGUCGACCAAGAGGAUGCUGAGGAACGUCGCUCGAGCUACAGGUGCUCGGCCAAGAUCCAUUGUAACGGCCACACGUUUGUUCGGCAGUAGUAGCACCAGCCGAAGCAGCAGCGAUGCGAGCCCAUCGACCUCGACCUCGACUUCUACUUCAACGUCUGGCUCGAACCCAGCCAUGUCGUUCCCAUGCGUCGACCAGAACGAGUCACGCACCCAACGACUACUUGAACAACGUAGGAAAGCGCAAGCGCAAGCUUCGACAUCCUCUGCCUCGUCCUCCCAGUCAACCGAGCUGCCCAACCUGCCUUCGCCGCCUCCGUCAUCGUCGGUGAAUGAGCCCGAGACCGGGCCCGAACCCGCCUAUGCGAACGUCGUCACCGGUUACGAACUGUACUACCAUGACCAACCUUACGCCCUCGACUAUGGAGGCCACCUCCCCUCUUUUCACCUCGCAUACGAAACUUGGGGCAAGCUCAACGCCGACAAAUCCAAUGCGGUCCUCGUCCAUACGGGUUUGUCAGCAUCCUCUCACGCUCACUCGACGGUGCAGAACCCGGCCGAAGGGUGGUGGGAGAAAUUCAUCGGACCGGGUAAAAGCAUCGACACGGACAAAUACUUUGUCAUGUGCACCAACGUCCUCGGUGGUUGCUAUGGCUCGACCGGACCGAGCUCGUUGGAUCCGAGCGACGGCAAACCCUACGCGACCCGCUUCCCCAUCUUGUCCGUCUUCGACAUGGUCCGAGCGCAGUUCCAUCUCUUGAGCUCUCUGGGGAUUGAGAAACUGUAUGCGAGCGUGGGAAGCUCGAUGGGUGGGAUGCAGAGUCUCGCGGCGGCGCAUCUCGAACCGGAGCGGGUCGGAAAAGUCGUCAGUAUCAGUGGCACGGCGCGGAGCAGUCCUUCGAGUAUCGCCAUGAGGCAUGCGCAGCGCAGUGGUACGUUCGGAGAAGACAUAUGCUGUCACUAUGUGCGUUUUUUGGCGUGACUGAUGCAAUCGUGUACUGUAUUGUCGCAGUUUUGAUGGCCGACCCCAAUUGGAAACGAGGCUUCUACUAUGACGAUCUACCCCCACACACGGGCAUGAAACUCGCACGACGUUGGUCUGACCUUAUCGAACGUACUUUCACCUAGUCCUAGUACUGAAGCAACCACAUGACUUUUCCCGCAGAGAUCGCCACCAUCACCUACCGGUCCGGCCCCGAAUGGGAACAACGCUUCGGACGCCGACGUCGCGACAUUUCCUCCCCGUCGUCCAGCUCAGCCUCCCCACCCGUCCUUUGCCCCGAUUUCCUGAUCGAGACCUACCUCGAUCACCAAGGCGAACAAUUCUGCCUCAAAUACGACGCCAAUUCGCUCAUCUACAUCUCCAAAGCCAUGGACUUGUUCUCCAUGUCCCGUGAAUCGUUGGAUGAUUUGACGGCGCGAAGGAAUAAUCCCGAACAAGUGGGGGCGAGUUCAUGCCCGCUUCCCACAAGUUUGACACCAGGGACGGAAAGAAAGUCGUCCAAAUCCAAACCUUCCACAAAAGGCUUCAUUUCCUCCCUUCCCUCUUCGCACGCCUACCUCCCCGCCCUAACAGCCGGCCUUUCCCGCAUAACCCAUCCGACGCUCAUCAUGGGCGUUCAAUCCGAUACGCUCUUCCCUAUCGAACAACAACGUGAAUUGGCGGAAUGCUUGAAGGCGAAUGGGAACGAAAAGGUGGUGUAUUACGAGUUGAAUCAGCCCUGGGGGCACGAUACGUUCUUGUUGGAUGUGAGUAAUGUUGGAGGGGCGAUCAAGGGGUUCUUGGAGGGGGGCGAAUGA